AUGACCCGCUGGCAAGUCUCACUCCCAUUGGGUGCCGUGAACCCUGUGAACCAAUCAGCGUCUCUCGAGGCACUGGUUGUAAAGUCCAAGCAGUCCGAUGGACUUAGCCAGGUCUGGGAUCUCAGAUGGGGUCAAGGGCACCUCACACUCUGCUCCUGCUGCUGGUGGCCGCCCUGGCCCAGACCCAGCCCCGCGCGGGUGAGUGCGGGGUCGGGAGGGAAACGGCCUCUGCGGGGCGAGGCGCGGGCGGCACCGCGGAAGCCGGGUCACCGCGUCGCACACCAGACCCCCGCCCCUUCUCCACCCGCGUCCCGAGCCCGGCGCCCUGCUCCCCGCCCGGCCCGCGAACCCGCCCGGGAUCCUGGGAGGAGGUCGGGGUCUCACCGCGCGCCGCCCCCAGGCUCGCACUCGCUGUGGUAUUUCACCUCGGCGCUGUCCUGGCCCGGCCUCGGGGAGCCCCGGUUCAUCUCUGUCCGCUAUGUGGACGACACGGAGUUCGUGCGCUUCGACAGCGGCUCUGAGAAUCCGAGAUACGAGCCGCGGGCGCCGUGGAUGGAGCGGGAGGGGCCGGAGUAUUGGGAGCAGCAGACACGGAGAGCCAAGGGCAACCAGCAGACUUUCCAAGUGAACCUGAGGACCGCGCUCCGCUACUACAACCAGAGCGAGGACCGCUCUCACACCAUCCAGAGGAUGUAUGGCUGUGACAUGGGGUCGGACAGGAGCCUCCUCCGCGGGUAUGAGCAGUACGCCUACGACGGCCGCGAUUAUAUCGCCCUGAACGAAGACCUGAAGACCUGGACAGCAGCAGACGUGGCUGCGCAGAUCACCCGGAACAAGUGGGAUCAGGCUGGUGUUGCAGAGAGACGCAGGGCCUACCUGGAGGGCACGUGCGUGAAGUGGCUCCGCAGAUACCUGGAGCACGGGAAGGAGACGCUGCUGCGCUCAGAUCCCCCAAAGGCACAUGUGACACUUCACCCCAGACCUGAAGGUGAUGUGACCCUGAGGUGCUGGGCCCUGGGCUUCUACCCUGCUGACAUCACCCUGACCUGGCAGUUGAAUGGGGAGGACCUGACCCAGGACAUGGAGCUUGUGGAGACCAGGCCUGCAGGGGAUGGAACCUUCCAGAAGUGGGCAUCUGUGGUGGUGGCUCUUGGGAAGGAGCAGAAGUACACAUGCCUUGUGGAGCAUGAGGGGCUGCCUGAGCCGCUUACCCAGAGAUGGGAGGCUCCUCCAUCCACUGACUCCAACAUGGAAACCAAUGUCAUUUAUGUUGUCGUUGGAGCCCUGGUCAUCACUGGAGCUGUGAUCAUUGGAGCUGUGGUGGCUGUUGUGAGGAAGAGAAACACAGGAGGAACAGGAGGAGACUACGCCCCUGCUCCAGUGAUGGUUUGUGACUCUCGUUCUGUAGCAUGAAGACAGCUGCAUGGAGUGGACUGAGUGACAGACGAUGUGUUCAGGUCUCUCCUGUGACAUCCAGAGUCCUCUGUUCUCUUUACACACCAGUGUCUGAUGUUCCCUCUGAUUUUGUGAGUUCGGUGUGAAGAACUGUGGAGCCCAGCCUGCCCCUGCAUUUCAGGGCCCUGUCUCUGCACUGCCCUCUGUUCCCUUCCACAGCCAACCUUCCUGCUCUGAAGUGGAAACUCAGGGUUCUCAGGAAAGUCGUUUGGAUGGUGUUUUGCUGUGGCAAACAGGAGGAAUGUUUCCUUACAGUGGACACAGGUGUGAAAGACUGAGAUUGACUGGGGAAGGAAUGUUUCCCUCAGACAGACACAGGAGAGAGGAUGUUCUGCUAAAGCAAGCACAUGAAAGGACAUGCGAUGAAGGAGACUUUGCUCACAACAUGCAUGUAUUGGUCCGCCUUACAUUGCAUACUGGAGCUGUAUUUGUCACGGCUCCAUAGUGAGAAAUGCACCAAUUAACUUCUGGUGGUGUGCUGCAGUCUGUUGCUGUUUCCGAGGACUGUGGCUGACUGAAUGCAUGUGCUGAGCAAGACUCGUUCUGAGUCAAGGCACAUGGAGGACUCUCGAUGUUCAGAGGGUAUAAAUAGGGCUCCACAGAGUGACUGACACAGAGGUUGUCUUGCUGCUACAGCUCGCCAUGGAACGCUUAUGAGACUUUGCUGAUCUCUGCUUCCCUGACAGAGGCCCAGCUGAGAACGUCUCCUGGGGUUCCUGUUGGUCCCUCCAGCUGACUCCUGCCAGGCCUAGCUCUCUCUGCUUGGUGAUGCCACUGUUGCUCACCUGACUCUACCAAACUGGACUGCUGGUGUACACGAGGUGUUUGCAAGUGGGUAGAGCUGCUGCCGACCUGUGAACUGAACUGAUUGCCACACAGUACACAUGUGGUCGGAAAGCUGCCCUGGGCUCUCCCUGUAGCCAGGGUUCUCAGGGGUCUGGUGAGAUCUGUCUGCUCAUCUCUCAGGAGCACCUCCACAGCUGAGAUAAGACCUAACAGAGAGGCUUCUCCCCUGUAACUUGGGUACCGAUUCCUGAACCUGGACUGUCUUACCUUUUCCGUCUGGUGUUCUGGAGUUAACUCCCUGAAGUCUCUUAAUCUCCACCCCCAGCUCUGUGCACCUGGGUCUUGCAGCUGAUGCACCUGUGGUUGCUCUGCCUUUGGAUGGCUCUGUAUGGCAGGAGAGCAAAGUCCCCCUCAGAGGCCUGUGACCAUUUAAAUCAUCUCAUAUUCAUAGCACUAAAGACACGGGAGGCAGAAGCUGAGGGAAAAAACCUGACAGCUCAGCAAGGAAACUUUAUUUUCUUAACUAUAUACGAGAUAUCUAUUUACCAGCCUGAUGCUACAACUAAACUCCAGACCUUCAGAAAUCUGUCUGUGUCACUCUAUCAGUCUAGUCUGCCUUUCUCUUGAGCUCCUGCAAACCCAAGAGAGCUCCUGAGCUCUCUUUCCUGGAUUUAUAUUUUACCUGUGUCCUGCCAGCUGCUUCUCUGUCAUUCCUGCAAGUCCUAAGAGAAAAUCCUAUUCCAUAAGGGCUCUUCAAAGCAUUUAGUUGCUCCCUUACCCCCUAACCUGCUGAACCAUUUCACUGUCAUGGGAGUUGGGGUUGGGGGCUGUCCAGGGCAAGCCACUACAGGCCCAACCAUUUCACUUUAUGGUUGAAGGGAGCACAAGGCCACCUGCUGACCUUGCCUCAGGUCAUAGAGCAAGGACCACAGGACCUCUCCUAAGCACCUUGCCUUAAAAUAAGCAGGAUCUUUCCCUUUUGCGUUCUUAUCUGUGGGGAAUUCAGAGGCACCCAAACCACACCAGGACACAUAUCCUGGAUCUGCCAAAUGCAGUAUCUACUGAGGAUUUUAUAUUUUGCUAACCGUUAGGUUUUCUAUGUACAAUAAUAAAAUAUUCUGUGACAUGGGCCUGUCAGUGGUUAGGAGCUGAACAUUUCUGGUCUGGGCUUUUCUGACAGACAGGGGAGGGCAGUAUCUGGUCAGGCUCUCUCCUUUGGUUGAUCUGGGUGAGUGCUCAUGGUUUUCAGAGGAGCUCCUGGGUCAACCCUGAGCUUUAUGACUUUUGAUGCAAUCUACAGCUUUUUUUUGUUCUGCGAGAAUAAAAACAAAUCAGCAUCCCCAACACCAUAGAUUUGCUGACUUCCAUUCUGAUGUUAACACAUCCUUGUAGUAUAUAGGGUGAUUUAAUUCCACAGUUUUUCCCUUGAUCCAGUGUCUCUUGGCAGCUGUUGGUCCUCUCUUGUUAACAUUCAGAAAAUGCAAAGUUAAUGGAGCAUGAUUUAGUCUACCCCUGGGGCCUUUAUUCUUUCUUUUUGUUUUAUACCUGUGUUCUUUAAGGUGUAAUUGGGUCUUUUCUACUGUUUGCCCUGUAGAAUUGUGUGGUGUAGCUGUAAUGUGCUUUGUAAUGAGGGAAGAAUUGCUGCAUCUUACUGGAGACGUAUGCAGGGGCAAUGUCGGUCCUAGUUUGUACACCUAUUCCCAUGAGAGCCAUGCCUUCCAGUAAAUGUGCAAUUAGAGAGCCAGCCUUUUCAGAACUCAAAGCAUUUGCCCAUUGGAAGCCUGAGUAUGUGUCAAUGGUGUGGUGCAAGCCUUAGGCUUCCAAAUUCUGCAAACUGAAACACAUCUAUCUGCCAGAUUCCAUUUUUUAUUUACUUUGUUGGUGCCCUUAGAGUGACUUCUAGUGUGUAAUGGAGUUUGGUUGUACAAAAAACAAGUAGGGCAUUUCUUUAUAAAUUCCUUCGCUUGUUGCCAGGUUACAGAAUUUUUACAUUAAACCUUAACUGUUAACAUAGUGGUUUUCAGGAAAAUCUGAGGCUCCUAACACACUCCUUAUGAAUAAUCAGUCAUUUCCUUCAUUCCCUGUCCUAAUGGACCUGGCAAGGCUGUGAGAGACUGAAUGUGAGUGAUAUGUCAUGGAUAAUAGCUAUUUCUGAUUGUCUGGUGCAGAGGCAAAAUAAUGUGAAUUCUGAAUUAUCCAGAAUAAAUUCAGCAGUUGCUGUGUGGAGAACAAGUCUUUCUGCAUAUUGAGACUCAGUCACUAUAUUAAGAGAUUCAGGAAGUUUUGAUAAUACGAUAAAGAUUGCAUACAACUCUGAGUUCUGCACUGAAGCACAUGGGCUUUGAAUUACAUAUUCUUUCUUUCUUUAUUCUUUCUUUCUUUCUUUCUUUUUUUACUGAAUUAUUAUCAGCCAUUCCCAGCUUUUUCAUCCAGAUGGACUGUAGGGGCUUCAGGAAAUAGUGUUCCUUUUACAGUGCAUUGGACAAUCCAAUUAGUACUUUUUGUAAACUGAAGUUGUUUUCUUUUAGGACAUUUGUAAGUCUGGAGAGAUCGUUUGGAGGUUAAGAGCACUGACUGCUCUUCCAGAGGUCCUGCGUUCAAAUCCCAGCAACCACAUGGUGACUCACAACCAUCUGUAUGUAACAGGAUCCCAUACCCUGUUCUGACAGCUACAGUGUACUUACAUAUAAUUAAAGAACAUGUGUUAAUUGCUCCCAAAUAGUUGUUACAAACUCUAGGCCAGUCUACAUUGAUUACCCAUAAUGAAGGAAUCUCAGUAUUAGUAUACGGUCUAUAAUUUUGAUGGGUCUAUUCCUACAAUUGUCAUAAUCAUACUUUUAUAAUUAAAUCCGAAUCUUUUUGUUAUAA